GAGCGGCCGUUAGAUGGUGAAGUUUGAUCACGUGAGAGGAGAUCGAUCGAUCGAUCUUUGUUUCUGGUUUGACUGUGACGACGAAGCAUUUCAUUUGAUUUGUUCUGAAUCUGAAUGGCGACGAGAAAUCGCACUCUGCUUUUCAGAAAACACAGAGAUGCGUUGAAGACUGUUCGCAUUCCCUCCAUCUCUCUGCCGCAGUCCACCUCCUCCCGCGGCGGUGGCGGUGGCCCCGUCAUCGAAUUGGUCAGCACCUCGCUUCUCAAUCCUAAUCGCUCUUACGCUCCGCUUAGUACCGAUGAUCCUGGCAAUUCGAGUCGGGGUCCAAAUGCAGUCAAUUUGGGGCUACCUCCUGCGUGGGUGGAUUUAUCGGAAGAAAUAUCAGCAAAUGUGCAACGUGCACGCACAAAAAUGGCAGAGUUGGCCAAGGCUCAUGCAAAGGCUUUGAUGCCGUCAUUCGGAGAUGGGAAAGAAGACCAACAUGCUAUCGAGACUCUAACAUACGAGAUAACUGACUUAAUAAAGAGGUCGGAGAAGAGACUCCGGAGACUUUCUGCUUCUGGGCCUUCUGAGGAUUCCAAUGUCAGGAAAAACGUGCAGCGAGCUCUUGCUACUGACCUUCAAAACCUCUCUGUUGAGCUACGCAAGAAACAAUCAACUUAUUUAAAGCGCCUCAGACUACAGAAAGAGGGUCAAGAUGGAGUUGAUCUAGAGAUCAACUUGAAUGGAGGUAAAUCAAGAUUUGAAGAUGAUGAUUUAGAUAAUAUGGUAUUUAAUGAGCAUCAAAUGGCCAAGCUGAAGAGAAGUGAAACAUUCACAGUAGAAAGAGAAAAAGAGAUCCAGCAGGUUGUGGAAUCUGUGAACGAGCUUGCUCAGAUCAUGAAGGAUUUAUCAGUACUAGUCAUAGACCAGGGAACCAUCGUCGAUAGAAUAGACUACAACAUUCAGAAUGUUGCAACCAAAGUUGAGGAUGGGCUUAAACAGCUGCAGAAGGCAGAAAGAACUCAGAAAAAGGGGGGUAUGGUAAUGUGUGCUACUGUGCUUGUCAUCAUGUGCUUCGUAAUGUUGGUUCUCUUAAUCAUUAAGGAAAUUGUUUUGUGAUCAGUGGUGAUAUUCAAUUUAUUUCUAAUAUCUGGUCACCCCUCAUUUGUGCGACCUUUCAUUUGACACCAUAUCCAUUGUCUACUCGGAUAGUAACGCAACUUGUCUUAAGUGAAGACCAAGCAGUUUUGGAGUAGACGAGCCAUAUUUUUUUUGUAUGUAGAGACCAUAUUAAUUCUCUUGGAUUUUUUUUUUUUUUUUACCACUGAGUGGGAAGGUAGGGUGGAUUAGGUGUGUAGAAGCACACGAACUUUUAGAAGUUGGUGUGGUAUAGUAGCAAAGGAUACAGAAGAACAGAAAAAUGUAUAGAGCGGUUGUAUGAACCUCUACCUGGCCAUUUUUUUUACCUGCGGAAUGCAUAGUUCCUUUUCAUACAA